AUGAUGGUCUCGAUGUUCUUCCAGGGCACCGUGGGCCAGCAGGUGACCCAGUACCAAGUUCGGGUGGCACAGAACGAGAUCAUCCGCAACGUGGACGGGUACUUCCUGGCGGCCUUGAAGAAGGGUAGGGAGAAGACCGACCCUCGCCCUGAGGUGAAGAGGACCUUUGAUGUCUUCCAGUUCAUGGAAUGCAUGGGCCCAAGUCGGAAAUGCCGGGGGUUGGUGAGGGCAUGA